AUGCCCUUGUCAAGCGAUAUCCCCAUGGGCCAGGACCCAAUGGACGCCAACGGCCAAGUUCUGGAGCCCUUUACUGUGGAGCAAAACAUUCAGCAGCUAAGCGACAUGGACAUGUCGAUUGCUCAGCUCAUGAACCAUACCGCUACCGCACUGGAUGCCCUCACGAUCCCGACGUCAAAUGCCUCACCGCGAGGCGGAGAUGCCCCGUCAUUGGACCCGCCAGCGCAAAAGCAAGCUUUCAAGUCAGCGACAGACUCCUUCCUCACAACGCUACAUGGCAUCGAUGUACGGAUGAAGCGGCAAAUCAUGGCUUUGGAGGAGGCUGGAAUUGCGGAUUUGUCACCCGCCUCACGGCAAGAUCCCAAGGGCGGUUCCAAGGCGCCGUCGCUCAAACCAAACGGACUGGGCACCGUGGGCAACUUGGACGUGGGCUGGUUGAAUAGCAGAAGCACAAGAGUCGAGUGCGACAUGGAGGCCGAAUUGUGGAGGGAAGCCAGCGACUUUUUGCAAAAGCAGACGAAUCAUCGUCGUGACUCGUAG